GUGGGGGGGGGGGGGCGGAGCCCGUGCCCGGUGCUCGGGGCCCACUCGGGGCCGAAUCCUGCGCCAUGGCCGGGGCCCGCUGGGCGCUGCUGGUGCUGAGCGUGGCGGCCGCCGCCGGGAGCGGCGAUGCCGGGGAGCGGCUUCACGUCUGCAAGGAGUCCGAGUACCACUACGAGUACACGGCGUGUGACAGCGCGGGCUCGCGGUGGCGGGUGGCGGUGCCGCACACACCGGGGCUCUGCACCGGGCUGCCGGACCCCGUCAGGGGCACCGAGUGCUCGUUCUCCUGCAGGGCAGGCGAGUUCCUGGACAUGAAGGCGCAGCGGUGCCGGCCCUGUGCCGAGGGCACCUACUCCUUGGGUACCGGCGUCCGCUUCGAUGAGUGGGAUGAGGUGCCCCACGGCUUCGCCAGCGUCGCCACCAGCCUGGACAGCGAUGACGGCUUUGGGGACGCGGUGGAGAACUGCACGGGGUCAACGUGGGUGCCGCUGGGGGACUACGUGGCCUCCAACACGGAUGAGUGCACGGCCACGCUCAUGUACGCCGUCAACCUCAAGCAGUCGGGGACCGUGUCCUUCGAGUACCUCUACCCCGACAGCAGCAUCGUCUUUGAGUUCUUUGUGCAGAACGACCAGUGCCAGGCCACGGUGGAGGAGUCGCGCUGGAUGCGGACGACGGAGAAGGGUUGGGAAUUCCAUAGCGUGGAGCUGAGCCGCGGGAACAACGUCCUCUUCUGGCGCACCACGGCCUUCUCCGUGUGGUCCAAGGUGCCCAAGCCGGUGCUGGUGAGGAACAUCGGCAUCACCGGGGUGGCCUUCACCUCCGAGUGCUUCCCUUGCAAACCCGGCACCUUCGCGGCCGCCGCCGGCUCCUCCUCCUGCCAGCCCUGCCCCGCCGACACCUCCUCGGGCAAAGGGGCCACCUCCUGCCAGCCCUGCGAGCCCGGCAGCUACGCGGAGCCCGGCUCAGCCUCCUGCAAGCCGCGGCCGCCCUGCACGGACAAGGAUUACUUCUACACUCACUCUGCGUGCGAUGAGCACGGGGAGACGCAGUUGAUGUUCAAAUGGGCUGAACCCAAGGUGUGCAGCGAGGAGCUCCCGCAAGCGGCCAAGCUGCCGCCGUCGGGGGGCCGGACCCGGUGCCCCCCCUGCAAUCCCGGCUUCGCCGCCGUCAACGGCUCCGCCUGCCAGCCCUGCCCGCUGGGUUCCUACUCCAACGGCUCCGGCUGCCUGAGCUGCCCCGCGGGCACGGAGCCGGUGCUGGGGCUGGAGUACAAGUGGUGGAACGUGCUGCCCCCCAACAUGGAGACCACGGUGCUGAGCGGCAUCAACUUCGAGUACAAGGGGAUCGCAGGCUGGGAGGUGGCCGGGGACUACAUCUACACGGCAGCCGGAGCCUCCGACAACGACUUCAUGAUCCUCACGUUGGUGGUGCCCGGCUUCAGCCCCCCAAGCCCGGUGCUGGAGGAUGCGGAGAGCAAGGAGGUGGCCAGGAUCACCUUUGUCUUUGAGAUGAUCUGCAGCGUGAACUGCGAGCUCUACUUCAUGGUGGGCAUCAACUCCCACACCAACACCCCGGUGGAGACGUGGACGGGCCCGCGGGGGAAGCAGUCCUACACGUACGUGGUGGAGAAGAACGCGAGCAUGAGCUUCACGUGGGCUUUCCAGCGCACCCCGUACCACGAGGAGGGCCGGCGCUACACCAGCGACGUGGCCAAGCUCUACUCCAUCAACGUCACCAACGUCCUCGGGGGGGUGGCUUCCUUCUGCCGGCGCUGCGGCCCCGAGGCCGCGGGGUCCUGCACCCCCUGCCCCCCCGGGCACGUCAUGGAGCAUGGGGCGGGCGCCUGCCGGCCCUGCCCCCCCGGCACCUACCUGCGGGGUCACCCCUCCGAUGGGCUCCCCGCCUGCCAACCCUGCGGGCCCGGCACCUACAGCAACCAGCUCCGCUCGCUCUGUUUCAACAACUGCUCGGCCGCGCUGCCGCUGCGGGGCCGCCUCCUCCGCUUCGAGUUCCCCAAGAUGGCGGCGGCCGCGGGGCUCAGCACGGGCCCGGCCUUCACCCCCCGCGGGCGGAGGUACCGGCAUCACUUCCGGGUCAGCCUCUGCGGGCCGCAGGGCCGGAAGGCGGCCGCCUGCAGUGACAACGUGACGGAGGCGCGGCGCCGCGUGGUCACGGGUUACGUGUGCCAGGCCACGCUCGUGCCCCCCGACCGCCCCCACCGCCAGGGCCCCAUCUCCUCCCAGCCCAUCAGCCUCGGGGACCGCAUCCUGGGUGUCACCACCAGCUCCACCCUGGACGGCAUCACAUCCCCUGCGGAGCUCUUCCCCCCGGGACACCCCGACCUGCCCGACAUCAUCUUCUUCUACCGGUCCAAUGAUGUGACACAGCCGUGCGGCUCCGGCCGCGCCACCGCCAUCCGCCUGCGCUGUGACCCACUGCGCCCUGGGCCCGGCACCCUGAGCGUGCCCAGCAAAUGCCCCGAGGGCACUUGUGACGGCUGCACCUUCCACUUCCUGUGGGUGACGGGUGAAGGGUGCCCCCGCUGCUCCGCCAGCCACUAUCGCCCCAUUGUCAGCGCUUGCCUUGGUGGCGUCCAGAGAACCACCUACGUGUGGCGGGAGCCGCGGCUGUGCCGGGGCGGUCGGGGCCUUCCGCUGCCGGUGACGCGGCCGUGCCGGAGCGCCGAUUUCUGGCUGAAGGUGGGGAUCUCAGCGGGCACCGGCGCCGCCGCGCUCUUGGCCGCCCUCGCCGCCUACUUCUGGAAGAAGAACCAAAAGUUGGAGUACAAGUACUCCAGGCUGGUGAUGAGCGCGGCGGCCAAGGAGAGCGAGCUGCCGGCGCCGGACACUUGUGCCAUCAUGGAGGGGGAGGACGCGGAGGACGAUGUGGUUUUUGCUACCAAAAAGUCCCUUUUUGGCAAAAUCAAGUCCCUGACGUCGAAGAGGCUGCCGGAUGGCUUCGACUUGGUGCCGCUCAAGACAUCAUCCGGUGGCAGCGCCAUGGAGCUGUGAUGGGUGCGGGGGUCCCCAUCCC